AUGCAGAUUCCUGAGAACACCGACCAUGUUCAGCUGGAACUUGAGGCACGUCGGCGGCCUGGUCGGCCUCCGGUGCACGUUUGGGUUGACCUCCCCGACGAGCUUCUCUCUCCAGAACAGAAGCGAAAGAAAAGAGCGAUACUCCUGCGCAGGGCGAGACAACAACGUCUGUAUGAGCGCCGGAAACUGUUGAGGGCGGGUAUAGUCUCGACACCGUCGGAGAAAGCGGUGAUACCGCCGUCCUGCGAGCACGCAGCUGGUGCGCCUCCCGCCAGCCGUAGUCAGGCACAAGCCGAGCGCAUCGACGGCGAACCGCGUUCUAUGUCUGCUGAUUCGGGACAAUUUUCAGGUCGGGCAAACGUUGAAUCCGGCGUUGAAGACACCUGGACUGCAGAGCUGUCCUAUACAAAUGCACCGAGUGGGGCUCGCAAAAACCUUGAGGGGCAGAAAAUUUUUGCAGGGCGGCCACAACUGCUGCCGACCCCGGGACACAUGGGAUUCCGUACCACAGAUACACAGAAAAGAAACUGGGAAGGGGCCUUUCCAGAUGGGAAUAAGCCCAGUGGCAUUCGUCUCGAGCCGAUGCGGGGAGCACUGGCUUGCAGCAAGCCCUCGCUCAACGCACCGCAUGACACAGACGGAGCGCAUAUCGACUCGCGAUAUCCGGACGCAUCCUUGAUGAAGCAUGCCAAGGAUGGGGUAUUCGUCGCACAACCGACGCCUCUUGAAGGGGGAUCUUAUCCGUGCUACCGCGGCGCUUGGGAAGGGCCAUCCCGGGAGGCACUUCGGAUCCACCCCGUGACAUCAUGUGCACUGACGUCGGCCGGUGCCCCGGGCUAUGUUUCGGCCUAUGGUGAGAUCACGGCUGCCCAGCUGGUGCCAUCAUACGUGAUGCCGGCUGCAGCGCUCAUGGGAAUCAAGCAAGGCGCUCCAGCGAUCGCGGGCAAGGCAUCCGUCCAUAUUGGGAAAGCUGCACUUCCUUCUGUGGUGCCGGCAUCUCCGGGAACCUAUGGUGAAAGCCGAGGAAUCCGUGAGCCCCAACAGACUCCAGGGAUGACGGGCUCAGUCCUGGUCAUGUCGCCGGUAACGCCUCCCGACCUGGAUGUGAAGCAUUUGGAGAUGUCUAGUUCCCAGGCAUGGAUAACAAAAGGGAGCAACGAGCGGCACGGGCAGAGCUAUCUUACGAGACCCACUGUCCAGGGUUUGCGCACCGAUCAAAUUUCUGUUGAAGGCCAAGGUCGGGGAACGAAUAUAUGCGACGCGAAUGGGAUGCUAUUGAAGGCUGGGCAUCAGGGCGCACACCAGGAGACACUCCACAGAACUAAAGCAGAGGCAGAGGUUUGGGGAGAUGUGAGCACGCCUCGGCUGCUGGAAUCGCGAGUGCGCACGGCGGGAACCUUACGGAAUAUCUCCACCGCAGACAUGCGUGUUUUCCAACCUGAUGCAUUGUUGAAGCUUUACCAUUCCGUAUCGGACUUUGAGCAACGUCUUUUCGUGCGCCUUACGCUGCCUCCUGCGUGUAUAGACGAAGAAUUGGUUGCAGUAUUGGUUUCGGAUGAGGAAAAUCCAUCCGUAUUGAAGGAAUCGGAUGAAAGCGCUUCGGGAUCAGGGGGACGGCAUCUCGAAGAGAACGCCACCGGCCAGGAACAGAGCCACAAGCAUGAAGCCGGAAAACGAAGGGCCAUAGCAUCGGCAUUGAGUGUGUUCGUCGAUCACGGAUUGUUGCGUCGCGCUAGUUCCUGCUAUAUUGCAAACGCUUCCUGGCGAGAAUUUGUUCAAAGCGUCGUAGCAAACGAUCCAGAGCAAGUUGCGCAUGUCUCGCGAGAAGUUCGUGAACGAUUCUGCGCCGAAUCUUGCGAUGCACAGCGCCGUUUUGUGGUAUGGAUACUCGAUCGCUUCAUUCGCGACGCGCCUGCACUUCCGAAUGGCCUGCAUUUUGAUGAUCAAGUAGGCAGCUGUAUUCAAGCAUGGUUUGCGGAAUCGAAGAAUCUGUUGGCAGCGCUUGCGUUUGCAUCUGCACAGCGAAGUCGAGCGCUUUCGCAGCUUCUGAUUCGAGGCUAUUCGGUGAUGCGCAUGUGCAUUUCUCCAGAAGUGCGCGUGAACUAUUUGAGACAAGCGCUGGCGCUGCUUCACCGAACACCGGACUCGGAAUCGAUUUAUGAGUCGAGCGAUGCGGCUUCGAGCGGAUUGGCGUCGGAGCGCCAGCAAUGCAUGCUGGUCAAGUACAUGCCACAGAGCGAAGAGGAGGCUCUCUUGCUGCAACUCUUAGGGGCGUCCCUAGUCGACAUGCUUCACGUGGAGGAAGCAGAGCAGCCACUCUGCCAGGCGCUGCGUUAUUUCAUCGGAGCUCUGGCGCGUCAAUUGGGCGUGUCCGAUGCAACCAUUGAAAAAAUUGAUGAUUUAUGCCUCGAUGAAGAGAUCGCCCUCAUUCAGAGCGGCUUCUGCGCCGGCGGUAACGCGCCAUCAAAGAAACCCGCGCCCCAGGCAACCGAGCUAACGCGCAAGUGCCAAGCGCGUAUGGCGCUUUUACGGUUGGAUAUGCUGCUGGAGUUGUAUCAGCGAAAAGCUGCGGAUCAAACGAGCGACGUGUCGUAUGUAACAUCAGAGCCGCGAUCCGUGAGUGCCUCACAAUCACCAAGUGCUGCAUCCGAAGCAAGCCCUCGUUGGAAGGAGGAUACAGCGUGUGCGGUACACCAGCAAAACGCCAGUAAUCCGCGAGAGCUACUCCAGUGCUGCGUUGUGUCGCUUCUGCUGCUGAGUCUUCGAAUCGGUCUCGAGGGCUCUCGUUCCGAGGCCUGCGAUCUUCUCUACAUGUGCCUGCACAUUCUCCACGCGCUGGGCUUUUCACGAAGCACGCAUGCGGCUGCGACGCUGCUAUCGCUCGCUGGAACCUACCUGACAAGCGGGCAGUUGAUGCGCGCCCGUGACGUGUGCCAUCGAGCGCUGGACGUGCUGCGCGAGGGCAGCUUUACCCACACGCCCGUCUAUGCCGACGCGCUCGGUAUGGUCGGUGCAAUCGAGCUCAUCGAAGGACUGCACCCAGCAGCUGCGGAGCACUUUAGCGCUGCACUCAAAGUGCUAGACUCGUGGCUCGAUACCUAUGGAGGUCUACCGCACGAGCACUGUCUCAAUAGUCCAGACGAUGUCCAGUACUUGCCGCUUCAACACUGCCAAGAGUUGCAUCUCUGGCUCUCCAUUGGGCUAGCCCGCACCUGCCGAGCACAGCAGCAACAUGAAGCAGCGGAGCGGAUCGCGAGCGCUGCGAUGACGUGCUGGCGGCGUAUCGUUGCGGUCGCCGCAGUGGACGCAGCGCCGACACCAAAGCCGUGUGUGAGUCUCGGGGCGGCAAACGCUUCCAUCCCAUCACCGUCAUCAUCAGCGUAUAUGGAGGCAGUCUCGUUGUUGCCUCCUGUUUUUCAAGAUUUUGGGAACCUGCGCCACAUUUAUUAA